UAAUCUCAGUGUUGGGUUAUAGUCGGAAAAAGAGUUUUCAAACUUUUUUAAAGAACUUCACAAAGGGUUGUAGUUGUGGUAGUGACAGUGGAGCACUGGAAGGAAACCAAGCAGCAUAGUAACUGAUAAUGCCAAGUGAAAGGGAAUUACCCAGAGUUCCUAGGGAAUUAUGCAGAGGGGUAUUUUCCAAAUUGAUUCAGUCUGACCUGGGAAGCCAUUCAAAAGAGAAGUAUGUGUCAAGCUCCUAUGUCGAGGCCUUUUGAUAGGAAUACUACCUAGCACAUUGUUACUCUAAGAAGUUAUCUUGGAAUAGAGGGUUAUUAUUAGUCCCACACCAGAGUGUUGGGUUGUAGUUUGUGGAAAUGAGUAAAGUUACAUUUCUUUUUUAAAAAAAAGUUUCUGAUGGGUAAACAUGGCACUGGAAGGAAAUCAGGAUCAUAAUAAUUAAAGUAUCUAUGGUUUCAGCAGAUAAGUCACAAUUUCAUUAACUCCAGGGAAGUGAAUGGGACAGCUACAUGUUCUUAGACUGGCAACAGUGUUAGUAGCAAUACCAGGAUGUACAGCUUCACACACAUCUGUUGUUUCAGUUCAUUUUAUCGAGUGAAUGGGUCGCUUCUACUGAAAACAACAAAUGCUGGAGAUCACAGCAGGCCAGGCAGCACCCAUGGAGAGAUGGCAAGCUAACAUUUCGAGCCUGUGUGUGUUUAAAAAUCUUUUUAAAAAGUUUCGAAGAAUAGUGUUUAUCUCUGCUUUUCUUUUCCGUCAUUAAUAUGCUUCUUUGUUAAACAAAGACUGCAGCAUUGUGUGCUGUUGUUUCAGUGAAAAGAAAGCAUAAAAUUAUAAUCUAUUCAGCAGUUUCUUGUUGAGAAUCUGACUUAUCCUGUACUGAUACCAAUUGGACAUUUUCCCCCAUAAUUGUUGAAGCCACUAGGUCAAAAUAACUGGGGGUUUAUCUGAGAUCUUUGAAUUAAUGACUGAAGUGAUGCUGAGAUAUAAUUCAGUUGCGUUGUAAUUAAUUGCAUGACAUUUGAAGAUGACUUUGAAUGUUUUAAAGAGUUUUAUGGAAUUGGAAUAUAUAACAAUAUUAUUUAAAAUCUUUGACGAAAGCUAAGCUGAAGAGUUUGGCAAGUAAAUUGAAGUUAGGAAUAAAAGCAGGAUCUUGUUAAGGAUGAAGUACUCCAAGUGAUCAUUACAACAAAAUUACAAGAAAGGAAAUUUGAAAAAGGGAUAUUAUUUUUGGAAUUAGCUAAAUCAGCUUGCGAAGGCUCUUGAGGAAUUAUAAAUCUGUUUAUAGGAACAGACCAGGAAAAACUGUUGUGACUGUUCAUGACAUUCGUAUGGGAGUGCAUUAUCAAGAAACCAGUGCUGUGGACAAAACUAGUUUGGAGCGCGCAUGUUUUCAAUGAGGAUUUGAUCCCCAGCAGCCAUGUUACUCAGUCACUAACCACUUCCAAACUAGUACUGACUGACAGAAUGCGAACAAAGCUUUCAAGGAAAAUGAGAGACUAUUGGGAAGUCAGGAUCACUAGAAGAUUCAAACAAACUAAGUUAUUCUUAUUCAAAUGUGAAAUUUGCUAUUGAGCAGAUGAUUUUUUUUAACAUUACACACCUUUAAGGAAUUGAAUAAACAGGACUUUCAUUAAGAAUUCAGAAUUGGAUCAGUGUCUGUUAAAGGACUCUGUUAAUACUAUUUCAUACUUCAAAAGUGCUGAAGAACUGGAAACAGAAGAAGUCUAAAAUACAAAAUUUCAUGAAAUUAUGUUGCUACAGUGAAAAACUUCAACAGCCUCCUAAGACGUCAGAAACGGGAUACGACCGAUAUACUACCCUGUGUUGUCCGGUACUUCCCUAGAGCGAAGAAACUGCACCAUAUUCUUCAUAGUCUUCAACAUGUCAUCAAUGACCACAAGCAUCUCACCAACAUCGUCCCUAUGCCUCCUGUUCUUAUCUUCAAACAACCGUCACAUCUUAAACAGACCAUCGUUCGCAGCAAACGAUCCAGCCUUCAGAACAACAUUGACCACAGCUUCACAACUCUGCCACUGUAGACAUGCCAGAUCAUCAACAUAGAUGCUACCAUCACAGGUGGGAACACCACCCACCACAUACACAGCAGAUACUCAUGGAACUCGGCCAAUAUUGUCUCCCUCAUACACUGUAGCCAAGAUGCCCUGAGGCAUGGUAUAUUGGUGACACCCUGCAGAUGCUAAGACAAUGGAUGAAUGGACACUGCGCAACAAUUGCCAGAUAGGAAUGUUCCAUCCUGAUCACUUCAAUGGUCAAGGAUAUUCAGCCUGCAAUCUUUGGGCGCGAGAACCACAACACUUCACAUCAAUGGAAGAUCCACAGGACUGUCAGGAGCAACCUGCAAAGAAAUCACGCCGUGAUUUAGAUUCUACAGAUGAGCAAGCUUUAAGGACUGAGGAACUGCAGGACGUAAUUCAACCGCACAGUCAAACAAACAGGAAUGAAGGGCAAAAGUCUAAGUUUGACUGUCUGUCUAGUAACUUUACUGUGCUGAAUGAAGCAGAAGUUAAAAAUGAAAUGAUACAAAGCAGUGUGUCUGAAACACUGACAAGGAAAAGAUCUGCUGUUAUACAUCCGGGAUCAGUUAUAACCUGCGCGGGUUCUAGUCCACAUGUGCCAAAUCAAGAUAACGUGCUAAUGUUUCCUACAAAGCCAUAUCCACAUUUAUUUUCUCCACCAAUAGUUCGAGCUGCUUAUUCAGAAGAAGCUCGAUACCCAGCAGCGCAACCAUCAACAUCUUACACAUCAUAUCCAGAACCAAAUCAGCCUUAUGGACUACCUCCUUUUGGUGCAUUGUGGCCUGGUGUGAAAACAGAAUGUGGAUCGUCCAGUCAGCUUGGAUACCUUUGUUAUGAUACAGGGUUUAGCACAAACCAAACCAGCCCAGCACAUUACACACAUCCUGCACAAGGUGCCUGUUUCCCAAGAGCCACUAGUUAUUCUGGCAGUACUGCUGCUGCUGCUUUUGUUGUCACCAGUUCUGCGAGCCUCAGCAGCUCUAAUCAGGAUCAUCCUUUCUACACGUCUCUUGGACAAAGCCAAUUUGUGUCAUAUGUUCCCAAUUCAAAUCGUGGAACCACUACUCCAAAUUCUCUGCCUGCCAGUAAUCCCUCAACAACUGUUAUUUUCCAGAUGCAUAAAAUGCAAACAAAUAGUUCCAGUUCAUCAAGCCAGGAUUACCAAGCUGGAGAUUCUGGUGCAAGUCAAAGUGCAACACCCGUAGUAGUGAAGGAACUUGAGGAGCGAUCUCGUAAAACUCCAGGUGGCAAGUCCAAGGGGAAAGGAAAGAGGAAUUGUUUUUCCCCACUGCCUGAUAAUGAACUGGAGCGUGUGUUUGUGUGGGACUUGGAUGAAACCAUUAUCAUCUUUCAUUCACUACUUACUGGGUCAUAUGCACAAAAAUUUGGAAAGGAUCCAACAUCAGCAUUGACAUUGGGACUACGAAUGGAGGAAAUGAUUUUUAAUCUUGCUGACACACACUUGUUCUUCAAUGACUUAGAGGAGUGUGAUCAAGUUCACGUGGAGGAUGUUGCAGCUGAUGACAAUGGACAAGACUUAACUAACUACAACUUUACUACUGAUGGUUUUCAUGGAUCAGUGUCUGGUUCGAGCCUUUGCACAGGUGGUGGUGUACAGGGAGGCAUUGAUUGGAUGAGAAAGCUGGCCUUUCGAUAUCGCCGUGUAAAAGAAAUAUACAACAUGUACCGUACAAAUGUUGGAGAUCUGCUCAGUCCAGCCAAGAGGGAUUCCUUACAGCAGUUAAGAGCUGAUGUUGAAGUUUUAACUGACUGCUGGCUAACAACUGCAUUGAAAUCACUAUUGCUAAUUCAGUCAAGAAGAAACUGUGUUAACAUCCUGGUCACGACAACACAACUAGUUCCAGCUCUGGCUAAAGUGUUGCUGUAUGGACUAGGGAAAAUUUUCCCUAUUGAAAACAUUUACAGUGCCACAAAAAUAGGCAAAGAAAGUUGUUUUGAACGGAUUGUGUCCAGAUUUGGGAAGAAAGUUACAUACGUAGUCAUUGGGGAUGGUCGAGAUGAGGAAUAUGCAGCUAAACAGCACAACAUGCCAUUUUGGAGAAUAUUGGAUAUUGGUGAUCUGAUGUCAUUGCAUCGAGCUCUGGAUUUGGACUAUCUGUGAGAAACUGGAAAAGGACAAGUUAAGCUACUGUGACAAAUGCCUUACACCCUGUUUGAGGAUGGACCACUAGUUUUAUUCAUUGUGAUUCUUGUUUAACCCAGGGUAAGCCAGUUAGGACUGUGGGCAGUUGAACUAUGUGAACAAACUCUUUGUUUAAUGUCAGGCAAACACGUACGAAUAUACACAUCUGCAGGAACACAAGGAAGUUAAAUUACUGUCCUUUUGUGUAAAAGAAAAAUGAUAUCUGAAACCUCUGGCAUUAAUAGAGGCAUUAUGUAAAGCAUUCUUUGGAAACUUUACUGUAUAAUGUUCCUGAAUAUACAUCGACAUUAGCUACACAUCAACCCUGAUCCAGCAAUGUGUUAUACUGGGAGGUUCAGCUGCAGAAAUGGUACUUGAUGAGAAGUAUAAAUAAAAGUUUUAUCUUUGUUUCAAAUGGACCAUGAUUUCAGCUGGGGGGUCUUUUUUUAAUUGUAAUUUUCUGUGGUUUGUUUUUAAUAAACCCCCUUAGUUCUAGACAACUCUGAAUGCUCUCAUGGUGAUUGAGGUUCCGUUUGGUACCGAGUGGACCUCCAAUACAGCCAUGAACCAUUCCAGUUUAACACUACAUGACAGUCAGAGAGGCCGAUGAUAUGCUGACCUUAGUAUUGCAUAAUGUCCUUCUUUCACUCUAUCCCUUUAGAAGUUAAGUCACUUCUUCUAAUUUUUCUUUUGUCAGCAACAGAAUCACUAUAUUAGUGAUUUUCUGUUGUUCGCAACUCCACUCGAUUUGUUUUUCAGGAAUAUUUUUACAAUAGUUAGAAGCAGACUUUAAUAUUAUACUUUUUAUAGCUGCCACCCUGUAGAAAAUAUCUGGUUUGAGCAAUUUGGAUAUUUGAGAUGCUGGUAAUAAUGUGUAUUAGUUCAUCUCUGAAUGAAUAAAGAGACAUGGAAAAACUAUAGUUGGCUGUGCCUACUACUCUCUGUUUAAACAUUUACAAACUAUUUAUUCCAAACUAUAGAACGCAAUUGAAGUUUUUGAAAAUGAAUUGGACAGGUAGUCAAUUCAAUGUGUAUACUGUGCAUUGUGCAUUUCGCAUUUCAAAAUAAAUGCAACAUCAGUUGAAGUUAAAUCAGGUCAUGUAAAAUACCACAACUGUUACAUGUGAAGUUGCAAUGUGGUCCUUUUUUCAGGAAGAGAAUUGCAUAUCUUGGAACUACCCCUGAGAUGAUGAUUUGCAUUCUGUAGCCUAAGUUCAAUGCGUGCAGUGGGACCAAACCAGAAUCUUUAUGGAUAACUGUGGUGAAACUGAGAUUCAUAUAUGUGUAUUUUAAUAUCAUUUACUGCAAGUUUUUGAGUUUUUUGGAUUUAAGUUAAAUAUAUGUUUUAAGUCUGUGUGUUUGGAGUUAACCAUUAGCUUUUAAAACUACAAUGGCCAUAAAUCUGAGUGAGAGGAAGUUAUUCAGAGUUCCCAGGAAACUAUCCAAGGGGCUUAGGGGGAAGAACUUUCCAGACUGACUUACAUUUGUGUGCUGGGAAAUUUGUUUGAAAGAGAAACGUGUAUCAAGUUCCAAAGUGCUCAGAAAUUUUUAAUGGAGUAACAUCUGCUAAGUAGGACAAGUUUUCAUUAAUCAUAGAUCAGAAUGUUAGUAUACAAUCAGUGGAAAGGAAGUGAGGUUAAAAUUAAAAAGAAAAGGAAUUGAGGCUGCAUUGAUGAUAGCUUCGCUUCAUUGUCAUACUAAGUCAGCAGCAUUAUAAUAAUUGAGACACCUAUUUACAAUCCCAUUUAAAUGAGUUGAGAUUUUAAUUGCUUCAAGUCUGUCAGAGUAUUUUUCAAAAAAAGUCUCUUCCCCUUUGGAAGUGAGCUGGAAUGGGUCUUGCACUAGAUGUUCUCAGAAUUGCAACAACAUAGGAUGUAAAAUGGUGUCUUGAUUUUGAUACAAGGCUGUCGUUUUUGUUCAAACUAUAAAGAGUUCUUGAGUUAUUUCUACUAAAAAACUUUGUAACAGGAUUCAAAGAGAAUAGUGUUAUUAUUUCUUGUUUAUCUUCUUUUCAGAUAAUAAACUUCUCAUUCUUAAAA